AUGAGCAGAUUUAAGCCCAUAACAGAUGACUUAAAACUUCUUACCCCUCUGUGAGAAAAACCCUUUGAAAAGUCCUGCUUUUUUUUUUUUUAUUACCAUCUGUGAGCAAGCAAAAAAUUGUUUAUAAAUAUAAUUAAUGAAAUCUCUAGCUAAUUAAUUAUAUUAAAUUUUAAUUAAAUUAGCAUUUUUUUAAUAAAAUAAAAAUAAUAUCUAAAAUUAAGCUCGCUCAUGAAGAGAGGAGUUAGCAAAGAACUAGAAAAUUUAAGAAGGAUGAAAAGAGGAGAAUGCGAACAAGUAAGCACACCAACUCGAGAAUUAAGUGAAAAUGGGCUGAAUGAAGAGUGCCCAAGUUCAAAAAUUUCAAUUGAAACUAAUAGAGAAAGAAUUUCAAAUGAAUCAGAUAUUAAAAAGAUUCGUGAAAAAAUUAAAAUUGAACCUAUUGAAGAUUAUAAAGGCAUAAGACAAAACGAUUCACCAAAAUAUCAAAAAGUCAGCAACACAAACUUAGUGCUUGAAAGAAUCAGAAAUAUCUCGCUUCCUAGAACUAACUCCCCGGUUUAAAUAGCGAGCAAUACCAUCAUUUUUUCUUUAGGCGCCAUUUAAUAAAGAGCAACUUUACUUUAAAAUUUAAUUCAAAAAGUUAUUUUUUAUUGAUUUUAACUAUAAUUACAAUGGUUUAUAAUACUUUCGAGUAUAGCUAAAAUUUUUAUUAUUUAUACUACUAUUUUACACAUUCUUUCAUUUAAAUUCUUUUAAAAUAUUGAAAAAAUAAUUUUUUAAAAUAUUUAAAAAUCCUAUUAUCAUUAAUUUGUAUCUCAAAUAAUACUUGUGAAUAUUUUUGGCGCUUUUAAUUAUAUAAUUCUUUACUUAUUCUGUAUUUUUUCUACUUAUAAUUUUUUGAAAUCAAGUACAUCUGAAUUUCAUAAAUAAAAAUUCAAAUAAUUAUUUUAUAAUCCAAUUAUUAGUAAUAAACAAGUAACGUGUUCAUUAUUAAAUAAGGGGAAUAAGAGGAAUUUUUCAUCCACCUCAACUCCAUGCAAGAAUGACUCAUCAUUUAAUGCUUUGCACUACAAAUACUCAGAGCUCGAAGAAACAAUCAAGAAGCCAGAAACAUCAAAAGAAAUCUUAAAAGAACAAAUUAUGAAUAUUUUAGAAUCUCUCGACCAGGAUAUGCCUUACACCGAAAGAGCUAGUGACAUAAAGCCUCCUGCACUUUAUUUAAAAAACAUAGAAUCAGCUGGUGCCUCACCUUCCCAAAACAGUCCCCACUCAGUCGCAGAGUCUUAUUUCUUAAAUAAAAACUAUUCAUCACUUGCAUCACACUUAAGGAAACAAGAAGAAACCAAAAUUCUGAUAGACGACGAAAUAGAUAAUAUGAAGCAUAAAAUAUCAGAGCUUAAAGUAAAUAAUGCUGUGAAACUAGAAAACGAAAAAAUAAGGAACCUUAAAUUGCAAAGCAGCAUCAGUAAAGUUGAAAAAGAUCCCCAAAUUUCUGCAUUAAUAGAAGUCUAUGAAGAUGAGAUCUGAAAACUUGAAAAAAAUAUUCAGAAUUUAAGGGCAGAUUUAAUCAAAUUUUGUGAAGAAGUAGAAAAAAAGAACCCUCAGCCUACUACAAAUAAGCAUAAAACAAUUAUGCUAAUUCAAACAAUAAAAACUCUCCAGCAAGAACUGCAAAUAAAAGAAAUGGAAAUUUAUAAUCUUAAAAAACAUGAUAGAAUAUUCACUAUAAAUAGAAAAACUCUUGAGAUUACAAACAGCAAGGUGAGGCAGCUUCAAAAUAAAGUGACAAAAAAAAGCUCAAUCCUAAAAGAAUGCGAAUCAGUACACAAAGAAUCAGAAGAUACUUACAACGCAAUGAAACAAGAAAAUUUGUGACUUAAAACAAGCCUAGAAAAGGCUAGAGAAGAUUGUGAAUUUUUAAUGCAGGAAUUAAAAUCUCUUAAAGAGACAUCUUCAAUGCCCAAAAAAAGCUCCCUAGCUACUGAGGAUAAAAAAGCAAUCUUUUUGAUAGAUAGGCUUGAAAAAGCAAUAAAUGAAACCAAUUCAGCAAAAGCAGCUGAUUUGAUAAGAUGCCUGAAAAAUGAGAUUGAAAAUAUAUACAUCGACUUGCACAAUAAAAAAGAGCAGGAGCAAAACCUUUUAGACAUGCUUGUAGACAUGAAAUCUGACACUUCUAGCAUAGGAAAAGAGAUAAAUAGGAAGCUUAGGAAAGAUUUGCUGUCUUUAAUUUAA